AUGCAGAAGUACAGAUGGCUGACUGUCAAAAUGUUUCUCCAUGAUCUUGUUAGGGGAAUCAAGGACUCCAUCUGGGGCAUCUGCACCAUCUCCAAACUGGAUGCCCGGAUCCAACAGAAGAGGGAAGAGCAACAUCGAAGAAGGGCAAGCUGUGUUCUAGCCCAGAGAAGAGCCCAAAGUGAGGAGCAGAAGCAGGAGAGUGAGCCAAGGAUAGUAAGCAGAAUUUUCCAGUGCUGUGCUUGGAAUGGAGGAGUGUUCUGGUUGAGUCUUCUCUUGUUUUACCGAGUAUUUAUCCCUGUGCUUCAGUCAGUAACAGCUCAGAUUAUUGAUCCCUCUCUGCAUGGAGAUGUCUGGUCCUGGCUUGACUUUAUCCUCACCUCUAUCUUUAGUGCUCUGUGGGUGCUUCCCCUGUUUGUACUCAGUAAAGUUGUGAAUGCUAUAUGGUUCCAGGAUAUUGCUGAUCUGGCAUUCGAGGUAUCUGGGAGGAAGCCUCAACCUUUCCCAAGUGUUAGCAAGAUCAUUGCCAACAUGCUAUUUAACCUCUUACUCCAGGCCCUUUUCCUGAUCCAGGGUAUGUUUGUCAGUCUAUUCCCAAUCCAUCUCAUUGGCCAGUUGGUCAGUCUCUUGCUCAUGUCUCUUCUCUACUCACUGUAUUGUUUCGAGUAUCUUUGGUUCAACAAAGGAAUUGAAAUGCAUCAGCGAUUAUCCAACAUUGAAAGGAACUGGCCUUACUACUUUGGAUUUGGUCUACCCUUGGUCUUCCUCACAGCAAUGCAGUCUUCUUACAUCAUCAAUCUGCCCUGA